CUGUUGAGAGGGAGUUAGGUAGAAAUUGUUUUUGGAGAUUUGGGGCUAUGGGGAGUGUAGGACGUCAUGACACUGUGCCAAGCAGUGUUUCUGGUAAGUUUAGUGAGGGAACAUCCUGGCUGGGCCUCACGACCAGCUCGUAUAAAUACAGUCUCCAAGAUAAUUAUGAUGUGCUGGGCCUCACUGGCCAAGGCGGCUUUGGCAACGUAUUUUUAGCACAACAUCGUGGAACAUGCAUGCCGGUCGCCAUGAAAGAAUUAAUGAAGACAGAGGAGCAAGUGGCCUGCAUUAUGACGGAGGUUGCGAUACUGAAGGACGUUCGACACUCUAAAAUCACACAGUUGCUGGAAGUAAUACAAACAAAAGACAAAGUACAUCUGGUCCUAGAAUAUGUGAUGGGGCUCAACCUGGGGCAAGAGAUCUUCCAGACCGAAAGGCAGAGGCUGCAGGAGAAGGAUGUCCAGAGGAUUUUCCGAGACAUCUUGGGAGCGGUGCAUUACCGCCAUCAGCAAUGCAUUGUACAUGGGGACCUCAAGCCUGAAAAUGUUUUGAUCGACACCCAAGGCCGUGCUAAAGUAUGUGACUUUGGGUUCGGGUUCUGGUUCCUCCCCGGGCAGAAGGUGACUGCGCCGGGUGGCACGCCGGGGUACUUUGCCUCGGAAAGAAUCUUAUAUGAGAUGUAUGAAGGCCCUCCCCUCGACAUCUGGGCCCUGGGCGUGAUCCUACACGAGAUGAUUAACCGGACACGUCUCUUCUGUGGGGAACCAUCCAAGGUAACUGAAAACAUCAUUUAUGAGAUGGUCUCUUACCCGGACUUCUUCUCCAUGGAUACCAAAAACUUUAUUGGAAAUCUCAGGAACCGGGACCCCAGCAUGCGGCCAACAGCACAGAAGGUGCUGGAGCACCAGUGGCUCCAGGGUGUCCGGCCCCCAAGUCCUCCUGAGCCGCUCCCUGUGCCCACAAAGAGGGCAAUCCUCAGCAUAUGGCUGGGAUGGAUUUCGACCCACUAA